ACCGGGCUUUGCUAUCGCUACUAGCUUUUUCGGCGGCAACGUUCUGCAGCGAAAUUUCAUAUGUUUUAAAUUUCGUUUGACUUGUAAAAGAAGACACUUUGCGCCCCUAAUUGGUUCUCGGUUCUGAGAAUGAUCUUUCAGAACCGAGACGUUAACCAACGAGAAAGUUUUCUGCAUAGUUCCAUAGUCACUGUUCAAGAAGUAAAAGAAUAACGUAUUCCUGUUGGCUCUGGAGGGGCUUGUGUACUGAUUUCGGGGAAUAGGUUCGGGUUCCGGAAUACCGAAUCAGGUUGAUCAACAACGAGACACACAAUCCCAGCAUGAUUAACCUUUCCUCGACAAUUUCUUCACAUAAUUAUGCUUGUCGAACCGACAUCUGCAUGAACACUGUUUCCGGCAACAAUGAAAUUUCAACCGAUUGCGUUUCGCGACAUCACAUAUCUGAAUGUUCUACCGGAACCACCGACAUAAUGACCAGAGGUGACCUCGGAAUGCUCGGCCAAGGAUUUGUCGACAGCAAUGGCUACCGAAACAGUCGUUUCGAAUAUGAAAUACCUACCGUUGGCCAGCACUAUGGGAAUGCUUUUCUCGUGGCAGAUAAUGACGAAGAGUUAUCGGGAAGAAUUGUUGGCCAACGAUGUCAAUCUGCCAGUGUGCUAAUGGUGGAAGAAGAUUCUAUUACCGAAUCAGGGAUCCUAAGCAUGGAGGAAAUCGUCGAAGAUCAUGACAUUGAAGAGGAUGAUGAAGACAAUGUGCAAAUGUCAUCUGCAGUAGAAGUUAUAGCAAUCGAUCCAAAUUGCGAUUACAAUACUGAGGACGACGAUGAUGAAGAUGAUUAUGAUUAUAGCGAAAAUGGAGAGCAAAGCGAAGCAGAAAAAGAGGGAUCAGUAGUUCCUUCUGAUGACGAGGAAGAAUAUGGAGAUGAAAGUAAUGAUGCCUUGAUACCCGUCCUUACGUCAAUAGUAUCUAAUAACGAAAAAGGAGUAGUAGUUCAAGGUAUUCGAUCUGUCAUAGAUCCAUCGCAUUCCCGUGGUUAUACUAGAGACGGAAGUUGUAAUUCUAGUACCUUUGUUGGAGUCACUAGCGGUUCCAGUAGCAAUAUAAGCGCAGCUAGUUGCACAUCCAACAGUUACUAUCAGUUGGAAGCCAACCGACACAAAUCCUACCAUUCCGAUGGCCCUAGCGUGGUUAAUUGUUCAAAUUAUUUAACAAUGUCAAGUGGACCACCGCAGCAAUUGCUUGCAACUUCGCCGAACGUUGAACGACCUCAACGAAGACGUAAACGAUCUUCUAGUCAACGAUAUUCGUUUUCUAUGCCACAUUCUCCAGUUGGUGCAGGCAUGAUCGAUGGCAUCAUCAGUUGCCUAGCGCCUCAAACGAGCUUUAGUUUCGAAGACCUCGUUUCGCUAGUUGACCAACCAAGUCCGCUGAAAGAGCUUACCGGAAAAACGAGCAACCAGUCACUGCUGGACGAUUCACUUGUGGACGAAAUCGACGAUGCCGAGAACUUUAUCUUAACAGCGUACGUUAAUGGAGAUGGUGAAUCAACUGCAUCGUGUGACAUGAUUAAUUCCUUCAGUGAAAAUGAACGUUUGAAGACAGAACUUGAUAAAGAUGACAGCCGAAGUAGAAAUCAGUUUUCUACUGACGUACUUCGUCAUCCAAAAUCGAAGGGCAAAGAAUUGAAAACUUUGCAUAAACUACUGCUUUUAGACAACCAGGAAGAAAAUAACAAAAAGCUGGGAGAUUCUCAAAGUGAUUCCAUGCCAGGCAAACGAAGGUGUACGGCAAAAGCGAGGCGGCUUUUAACAUUAGAUUCGGACAGUGAUUUAGAAGAAAACGGUAUGCAAUGUUCAAAAAACGGAAAAGGGAAUGACGAGUAUAACACUGAAAAAGAUCCGACAUGGAGUCCGAACGGGGGUGGCUUUCACAAAGUUUCCCCUGCACCGAAACACGAUACAAAAUUUUACACGAAGAAUGCGCCACCUGGCUUGGCCAAUUCGUCAUCAACAAUGGUUGAAGUGCAGAAGAAAAGUAUCCACAAUAAUGGAUGGCUCAAAGAUAAGAGUGAAGAACCCGCAUCGAGUUCUUCAAAAUCAAAGUUCGUCAAGGGCACGUUCUUAAAAUUCGGUCAAACAAUAAAGAAAGAGGACCUGAAUGAUCCUCUUCUACCGAUAAGCGAAGCGAAAAAGAAACAGCAUCCUUUGAAGCAACUGCCAGAAUCGAAUGUAACCAGUGAGAGCCAUAAACGUGACCAUGUAUCACGAGCGAAUGCGCGUUACAAAAAGACAAAUAUUACACUCGAUCACGAUUACUGCUCACCGAAAAACGGCCUCUCAGUUGCUGCUAGCAAUGCAUCAAACGUAAAAAACGGAGUAGGCGGCAGCAAAGGUCAGCGUAAGGCAAUCGAAAUACCGUUUCUUUUGCCGACCAAAGAACAAGUACGCCAGGAGAGAAAAUUACUACAAGAGAAGAAACGGAACGAACGCAUGUUUGCGAAUAACGCAACGGAUUCCACGGAUAGUGUUGAAGAUAAGAAGGAUAAGACAGUCAGCGUGAAUACAUCAGAGCCAGCAAGCGUGAAUACAUACAUCAGAGGCAGUAGUACAUCAGCAGCUACGCCGAACGUAACACCUCAACCAUCUAACAAACAUAUAUCAGCUAUAAAAACUGCCAAUGUGGUUUCUAACACUAAAUUUGCCGGGGAUGUUAAACGACCUCAGCAGUCGCUGCUCAAGACAAACCAUAAUUCCUCUAAAUGCGACUCUAGUCUCAGCAGGAUCGCGGGAAACCCUGGAAAGCAAAGCGCACAGCAAAACACGCAGACGCCUGGGGCAUUCUCAGUUAUCUCGCAUGAAAAUAAUCAAAAACUCGUAGCGACGACGCGCGAAACAUUGAAUGAUUCUAUACCACAUAACACGACAAAAGCGGUCAUACGUAAAAAGUUAAAUCUUCAAGAGUACAAAAAGCGCCGCGAAUAUCCUGUCACAACAAGGACCAAUCAAAGUAAUGAGCGUGACGACGAUACUUUGAAAGAUUCAUGUAACCGGAUAGCAUUGGUCCCAACAGAUGGGAAUGAAACGGCGUCCGCAGUUGAAGCACGAAACGAAGUCGAAGUAGUUUCUGACACAGUAGUGGCAGAACAGAAGGUUUUUGCAACUACGGUGCAAGAGCCUGCUGUGAAGACCACGAAGCGAUUGGACCCAAUUUCUGCGGCAAAGCUAAAAGCGCUUCGCAUGCAACAGCUCAAGAAGCAGGCUGCUAUUAAAUCGGACGAAGCAAAACUAACCCAAAAAAUGCCACUUUUGCCUAUUGUACCGCUGGCAGAGAUCACUUCACUGCAGUUCGAUGAGUUCGGCAAUCCCCGACCAGUUGGUGAAGCAAAUGACGCGAAGGCGAACCAGGUGAAUGAAGAUCGUGAAACAUUAAUGCUACAUGAGGCUUAUGAAGAAAUUAUCAUUGUAUCAAUCGGUUGUAAUACUUUAUUGUCGAUCGUACCGGAAGAGCUAGACUCUGUAGAAGAUUCGCGGCAAUCACCUAUGAAAAGCAGUGGCAAAGAUAGUGGCCCCGUUCAAGAUUCGUCACUGUUGUCCAACAUAACAGACACCAUCAAGCGCUGCUGUCCGUCAGUUAUCGAUGUGCCCAGCAGUUCGCUUAUAGCGAGUAUCCAGGAAGUGGUUAUCAAAAAAACAAAUUCCAGUGGAGCCACCGUCCCACUGACUCUAGGGCGUCCUCAGCGUAACAAGAAGGUUCAAUGUGCAUCGACAUCGGUGGCGGAAAAAGCAGUUACCUUGAAGAUAGGUACUUUCGAUGUUGGAGUUGGUAAAUUUGACGAAGGUCAACAAGGGCAGUUCCACGAUUCUCCGUGUCUAGGUGUUUCGCCGCCAAGUUCAUUUUCUCCGGGUAAACCGGAGAAAGCACACACUUCUACUUCCGAGACAGCAUACUACAAAAACUCUUGCCAAACUCUCAAGCAAAGAUCGACUACUACGUCAAGAGCAACGGAACUCAAAUUUGAAUCCUCCAAAGUUGACGAAACAGUGGAACAUGGUGAAGAUAAGGUUAUAAUGCAUUUGCGCAAAGAUCGCCAACGCUCUCAGAAAGUGGACGCAGUAACGCAAACUGAACCUUUGAAACGAUUUUCUCCAUUACGUCAACUUUCGCCUUUAAUAGAUACAUCGAACGAACUGUAUAAAAGCGGCCAGCGCAAUUUUCUUGCUGAGAACCCAAACAGUAACAUAUCUAUCGAACACGGAUCAAUCCAAUAUCCGAGGCAAUUCAAUGUGGAGAGUUCUCUAUGCAGCUCUCGAAGGGAUCGAAACGAUGACAAGAAGUCAUCAUCGUGUGAAGAAUUAGAAAACACUAGUGCGAAUAGUCGCAAAAGCUGGUCACAUUCAAACCAUCGCAUGAAACACUCGAAGGAUCGCAGUCGCAGUCGCAGUCGUAGUCGGUACAGUUCAACGACCCGUCGAUCCUCGUGCUCACGUUCACGAAGUAGCCAAUCUUAUCGUGAUAAUCGCCGUUGUAGCAGUAGUCUCAAACACAGUGGCCGAUAUUCCCGCAGUCGACGGAGAUCGCGCACAUCUUCAAGAUCGUCACAUUCGUCGUUCUACGGUGGCGGUGCAGCUUACAACGCUCGUCGUUCGAUGUCUUCUUCUACAUCAAGUUCUUCUAUGUCAUCAGCUUCCUCGUCACGAAUAACGCAACGUUCAAUCCGUUCGUCGUUUAGCCGAUCCCGCUCGCGUUCACGAUCUCGUUCACGAUCUCGUUCACGGCUGCGAUCAUGCACACCACCGGAACAAACAUAUCACUCACGUGAACGUGAAAGUAAUCGGCGAAUGACAUCACCCGAACGAAAAAUUGUAUACGUUGGAAGAUUGGAAAAGAACAUCAUAAAAGAAGAGUUGCACAAAAAAUUUAAACCGUAUGGUAAAGUAAUUAGAAUAACUUUACACACCAAGGAUAAUGGGUGUCGUUACGGUUUCGUCACAUUUGAAAAACCUCAACAAGCGUACAGCGUGAUCGAUGCAAGUGGAGCAGAUGUUAACCUGCGGCAUUAUGAUAUUAGCUUCGGUGGAAGACGCGCAUUUUGUCGCACGCAGUAUGCUGACUUAGAUGGCGAAUUAUCGGUCGAUCAGGAUCAUCAGAUGCCGUAUCUGAUGCAGGACGGCUCGGUAGUACCACCCAGGUCAGUCGUCGCAUAUAAUUCAUCUCGGUGCCACAAGGAAGCGAUUGGGUACAGUGGUCGACCGACUGAUGGUAAAGAUAGUUUCGAGAAUCUGUUAAUGCAGUUUAAAAAAGAAAUUGGCGCAAUGAAACCCCGAAAGGCAUGACCUCGUAGUUGAUGGAAUGAAGAAAUAAUUGGACAAAGGUGAGAAGUGUACAGGAAAAAUAGUUGUAAUGGUAGUGAAAGACCAACACAAAGUACUAAUGGAAGACUGUUCGUACGACAUACUGGCUCUAUUCUACCUCAUAGUUAAAAUCGUAUGGUAAGUAAUAUGCUACUUGCUUUACGAUGAAUAUACCGUUUUGGCAGUAAACGUUCAACAAAAGCGAAUCAUUAUCCCUGUGGCUGAUAUGAUUUCGCGUUUUCAUGUUCGGGAACCUAUGGGAAAGGAAAGUAACUUGCAAGGCUAAGAAUUUAACUGUAUACCAAUUGAACUUUUUUCAUGAAAGUUAUCACGAUUCCCUGUCAAGUCCAGUAAACGUGACUUACGAUCCGCUGCCAUGUCAAUUCGUUGAACUACAAUUAAAAUCAAGACUGGACUAUCCUGCCUUUUAAACGCGAAACAAAGUGACAUCGGAAAUGCAAAUGCUUAAAAGAUCAUUGUUCUGUUUUAUGGUUUACUCCGAAAGGAAUCAUUGUGAAUCGUAACUCCUAUCGAUAACAAUAAACCGACGGUGAGCCUACUAUUGAGUGACGACGUGCAAAAAGUGAACUGUAGUUUUCGAUUUGAAAGACGACAAAUUGAAGGAAAAACAGCUGUGAUCGUUAUAAUGGUAAACUUUGCACAUUGUAUUCUAAACUAGGAUAUGUCGUCUACAAGAUUCUGCAGGCUUAAGAGGAGUGGUCUCAUGCUCUCUCAUUUCCAUAAGCUUUGUGUUUUUCUCCUUUGGUAGGUUUCGUUGUUUGGUAAAUACUGAUGCUCAAUAUUGGUUGUUGUUCCAUACAAUAUUCGUUUAUCAUUAAUUGUUUUUUCCUUUUUUGUGGAUACACACGCAAUCUAAUGUCAGAAUUAUUUGAAUGAAUUAGCAAUUUCUUGAGGUGCGGCUUGAGAUUAGAGGUGUACUCAACA